ACAAAUAGGACAAACUGCUGCUUUUCACAGUAACUCAGAAGAACGAGAAACAGAAGAGAGGUUUGCAAAUAGAGAGACGCCACGUAGAAACUCCCAACAAUCACUGCUCACAGGCCGAAGAAUAAACAAAUGGUUGACUCUGCUCUGUCAUCACUGGUUACUGGGUGGAGUACUGUUAUUAAAUCGCUUGGGGACAGCACACAAAAAAAAGAAAGUGAAAGAGAAGGCACGGCAGGAGAGAGAGAGAGAGAGAGAGAGAGAGAGAGAGAGAGAGAGAGAGAGAGGUAAAUAUAACACACAAAUUUCAGAGAGAGAGAGAUAUUUAAAGCACAGGGAGGAGAAGGACAGGGACAAAGGAGCAGAACUAAGAAGAGAGCUCUGAUGUGCCAUGCUAGAGAGUGACCAGAGAUGAAUGAGGCAGCUCUUCUCCCGGUGGUCCAGGCGGGGGACGAGAGGACACUAACCAGAGCAGAGUUUCUCUCCCUGCUGAACACCUACAACUGCUUCCUGAAGGACCACACUCAACUGCACCUCAGUUACUCUCAGGGUGUUGAUGGAGAGGUGGUGGUGGAGGGCUUCCUGAAUAUCUCCUGGGGAGUACGCAGACCCAUCAGGCUGAAAAUACAGGACGACAAACAGACGCUCCCCUUCGCUCCUCUGACCUCACCUGACCCCAUCAGUCCAGUCAGCCCCAUCGGGGAUAAGAGGGGUAUGUCACGGUGGGGAGAAUACAUUGACCUUCACCAAAUAGACGAGAUGAGUGAGACACCGCAGGACACAGUAGUUACCAAACCUUUACCAGGCCCUGCUGUCUAUGAGACGACCACGCUGCGUCCUGCGAGGCAGAAGAACUCCGAGAUGGAAGCGGAGUCAAACCUGUUUCGUUGCAUGAGUGACGCCUCAUUGGUCAAGAGGAGGAGGGGCAGAGGGAAGUCUGCAGCGCAAAGAGAGAAAGAGAGACAACAUCGCUUUUCUAUCAAUGGACACUUCUAUAACUAUAAGACGUCGAUCUUCACUCCAUCCUUUGGCACUCCAACUAAAGUUCGUAUCUCCAGCAGGAUGACCACAAACCAGGUCAUCGAACAGCUGCUAAAAAAGUUCAAGAUAGAGAACGAUCCCCAGGAGUUUGCUCUGUACUGCGUUCACCAGAGCGGAGAAAAGAGGAAGCUCAGUGACAGAGACCAUCCCCUGUGGGAGCGCUUCCUACAGGGACCCUCUGAUGACAUCAUGAAGAUCUUUUUGAUCGACAUGGACGAAGAGGAAGUCAGCAAUGAUGUAGCCCAGUAUCUGAACUUGGAGCUUCCCAUCCUGGAGCACGUUCUUCUGAAACUCAAAGAGGAGGAGAGCAGAGUGAUACAGAGAGUCAUCAGCAAGUACCACCAGCAGCAUAGACUCCUAUCCCACAUGCUGACCUGUAAGAUGUCACCUCACAUUGAGACCAGUGUCUGACAACUGAUGAUCUGAAUCACCGACACAAGACCCGUCAGUCAUCACAGCGCCACUAUAAGGACCAACGAGUAGCUGUCCAACAUCCAACAUCUUUAACUUUAUAAACAAGUUUAAAGAUGAAAACAUUUGGAUCUGAAACACUAAGAUGAAUUUUUUAAAGAAAACCGCAGCUACCUGACAUACUGAUAAAAUAAAUGGCUCUGUUUCAAGUCUUACAAACUGGGUCACUAAUUUUAUUUUUAUUCAUCAUGUGAUUUUUUUUUACCAUGAAUUGGUUUUUUUUUAUCUGUAAAAUAAGAACAAGAGAUGUUGUUGUAAAUAAUUGUAAAUCACUGUUGUUUGUUAAUAAAUAAUAUUUGUGGGACCAGC